AAAUCCCAACCUUCCCCCUCUUCCUCUUCCCAUCAAAACCCACCAAUACAACCCAAUUCUGCUUCUGCAAAUUAAAAAAAAAAAAAAAAAUCUCGGUUUCUGGUGAACAAAAUGCCGAGGUUCACCAUUUUUCUGCUUCUCCUGUCAUUAUUCGGAUUCACGUCUUCCUUCGCCAGAUCUGUCAUCGCUUCGAAACCUCGGGCGAUCGAAUCUUUCGUCCCUAAAUCGGAUUUGCAGAAUGCGGGGAGCUGUUCAUACACUGUGAUCAUCAAGACAAGCUGUUCUUCUGUGUCUUAUACCAGAGACAAGAUCAGUAUCGCCUUCGGUGAUUCGUACGGCAACGAGGUGUACGUGAAGAGACUUGACGACCCGUAUUCGAAGACAUUCGAGAGAUGUUCAACGGACACUUACCGAAUAACGGGACCGUGUAUGAGGGAAGUCUGUUACCUCCAUUUCCUCAGGCAGGGAUCCGACGGCUGGAAACCCGAUAACGUCAAGAUCUACGGCUCCUCCAUUAGGUCCGUCACGUUCUAUUUUAACGUCUUCUUACCUGACGCCGUUUGGUACGGCUUCGACGAGUGUCACCAUUCCCGUAAUGGCAACGUCAAGUCUACGACGGAGUCCGUUGCUGGUGGUUCCUCGGCGGCUUUCUAAAGUAGACGGGCCAAGUAAACGGCCGUUAUUGAGACGUUCUCGCCGUUAGUAAAACGGACAUGUAUAAUAAAUGCUUGGUAAUAAUAUUUUCUUUGGGAUGUUUCAUACU